AUGACAAUACUUGGAUUUGGGUUCCAGACAGAGACAAAGGAGUAUAAAGUUCUGAAGAUUUCGCAUGUCACACGGAAUGUUAGGGUUCGUUGGAUUUUUAGAUUCAAUCCGCGAUCAAAGGCUGAAAUAUUGACAAUGGGUAGCCUAACUUGGAGAAGCUUAGGACAGAUAUCUUAUAACCUAAUCCGUUCACCAUCACAGGUCAUGGUUAAUGGGACACUUCACUGGGUUAAUUGGCCACGAAGACAUCAGCCAUUUGAUCACAGGCUCAUAUCUUUUGACUUGGGAGAUGAGAAAUUUCGAGUGGUGCCAAAUCCAGUUUCUGCUGGCGUUGAAAGGCAUGGUUAUCACAGAUUUAAUUUGGUCUUGGUUAAUGGAAAACUUCACUGGGUAGAUUGGCCACGUAGACAUCGCCCUGGUCGAAUGCUCAUUUCUUUCGACUUGGCAGAAGAGAAAUUCAGGGAAAUCCCAAAGCCUGAAUGUGCUCGCAUGGAAUGGCGUGGCUAUGCAUUGGUGAUCAAAAGAGGAUGUCUGUCUGCAGCUGUUUAUCCCAAUUAUGGCCAAUUUGAUGUUUGGAUUAUGAAGGAUUACGGUGUGAAGUAG